GAGCCAAUCGGGCUUUGGACCGCACUAUAAAGCCAGUUCCCCUUCACGAAAGUUUAACUUAGACAAUAAGUCCACUCAACAAUCAUUUCACUAUUUUAGAAGAUAAUUCUGGGAGCAAAGCGCCUCCGGCUCUGUCACCUGCCACUCUAUCAAGGAAGCCAAAUAAGAGAGGGAGAAAAAGGCUUGUCAUCAUGGCGCUAAUGAUACUGCCAUUCAUUGGAUCAGUGUCAGUAUCUGAAGGUCUGCUGGCCGUAACAACCGUGUGCCUGGCCUACCUGAUCCUCAAGUUCUUCCACGCUGACGUUCCCCAAGGGCUCCGCCGUCUGCCCGGGCCGCGGCCCCUGCCCAUCAUCGGGAACCUGCUGGAGCUCGGCUCCAAGCCGUACGAGAGCCUCACGGCCAUGAGCCGUCGCUACGGCGACGUCUUCCAGAUCCAGAUCGGCGCCCGUCCCGUGGUGGUGCUGAGCGGCGGCGAAACGGUGCGACGGGCCCUCAUCAAGCAAGGGGACGAGUUCAGCGGGAGGCCCGACCUGCACAGCUUCAAGUACAUCAACAACGGCAAGAGCCUGGCGUUCAGCACGGACCAAGCGGGCGUGUGGCGCACCCGCAGGAAGCUGGCCUACAGCGCCCUGCGCUCCUUCGCCACGCUGCAGAGCAAGAACCCCGAGUACGCCUGCGUCCUGGAGGAGCACGUCUGCAAGGAAGGGGAGUACCUGCUGAAGCAGCUCAACGCCGUCAUGGAGGCCGAGGGCAGCUUCGACUCCUACCGCUACGUGGUGGUCUCCGUGGCCAACGUCAUCUGCGGCAUCUGCUUCGGCCGGCGCUACGACCACGACGACCAGGAGCUGCUCAGCCUGGUGACGGUCUCGCACGAGUUCAACGAGGUGGUGGGCAGCGGCAACCCCGCCGACUUCAUCCCCGCCCUGCGGCUCCUGCCGAGCACCAAGAUGAAGCUGUUCAAGAGCCUCAACGACCGCUUCAACAGCUUCAUUCAGAGAAUUGUCACCGACCACUACGCCACGUAUGACAAGGACAACAUCCGUGACAUAACCGACUCUCUGAUUGAUCACUGUGAAGACCGGAAGCUGGAUGAGAACUCCAACGUCCAGCUGUCAGACGAGAAGAUCGUAGGCAUCGUCAACGACCUGUUCGGGGCAGGCUUUGACACAGUCAGCACUGCUCUGUCAUGGUCGCUGAUGUACAUGGUAGCUUAUCCAGAGAUCCAGGAAAGACUUCACCAGGAGAUGAAGGACAAGGUGGGACUGGACCGGACUCCUCUUCUCGCUGAUAAAGCCAACCUCCCGUUCCUGGAGGCCUUCAUCCUGGAGAUGUUUCGCCACUCUUCGUUCCUGCCCUUCACUAUCCCACACUGCGCCACAAAAGACACAUCGCUGAAUGGCUACUUCAUUCCCAAAGACGUAUGUGUAUUCAUCAAUCAGUGGCAGAUUAACCAUGAUCCUGAACUGUGGAAGGAUCCAUUUUCCUUCAACCCAGACCGCUUCCUGAGCGCUGACGGCGCCGAGGUGAACAAAUCAGAGGGCGAGAAGGUGAUGGUCUUUGGCCUGGGAAAGCGCCGCUGCAUCGGCGAGUUCAUCGCAAGGAACGAAGUCUACCUCUUCUUGGCGUUCCUCGUCCAGAAGCUGCAGUUUCACUCGAUGCCCGGAGUUCCCCUGGACAUGUCGCCGCAAUACGGCCUCACCAUGAAGCACAAACCCUGUCGCCUCAGGGCCACCAUGCGAUCGGGGGUUGAGAAGUGAGGCCCUUUUCUCUCUGUAUUUGAGUAAAGUCCAUCCUCAGCAGGUGACAAACGUUGACUUUAGCACUGUGCUGGUCAGAGAACGAAGAAUCUUCCUCAGAAUGUAAGGCAUUAGACGACGCAUUUGAUCCACAGAGCUAAUGGCAUUGGUGCAGAUUGUGGUGCCUGUGUGGGCUGAGCAUAUUUCUGCUAUGUUACGUUCAUGAUUGUUGCUUCAUAGUGAAAAGUGAGGGAAUAUCUGGUUCUUCUGUGAGGUCAAAUUGUGCUCUCAUUCAGAACAACAAACACAGAAAAGCUGCCUGGUUCGGUUUUUGAAUGGAUAUUCGGUCACACUGUAUAGACGUUGCUACAUAGUCCACUGCACUGUGUGCUUUUCUGUGACAUAAGCUUCUGUACAGAACUGCAAUUGCGUUAUAAUACAAUUCACACUUCUAAGCUAAUAUUUGUUAUUCCAUUUUAUUGUGGACUCUGAAGCUAUAUUUGUAUCCCAAAAUGUGAUUUUGUCUGUGCGUGUUUUUUUAUUUUAUUUUACAUUUAAUAAACUAAUUGUAAUGUGACUAGAAUUUACAUACGGUUGAGAUGAAAUAGUUUUGCUGUGCAUCUAUUUGAUUUAUCAGGGCACUAACAGUUCCAGAGACUUUUUAGUGUAUGCUUUUUGUCUAUAUUGCUCUCAUGAAUGUAUCACUGUUGUUUUUUUAAUGUAAGGGCAUGUGAAGAGUCCUUUAAUCAGCAACUGAAAUAAAAUUGAAAGAGAUGCCGUCA